AUGUAUGUCAGAAAGCGCGACGGGCGUCAGGAACGUGUCCAGUUCGACAAGAUCACAGCACGUGUCUCAAGGCUCUGCUAUGGCCUUGAUGUCGACCAUGUCGACCCUGUUGCCAUUACCCAGAAGGUCAUCUCGGGCGUGUAUGGUGGUGUCACAACUGCCCAACUCGAUGAUCUUGCUGCUGAGACUGCUGCGUACAUGACAGUCACCCACCCCGACUACGCUAUCCUGGCCGCCCGUAUUGCCGUUUCCAACCUCCACAAGCAGACAAAAAAGCAAUGGUCUGCCGUUGUGAGCGACCUCUACCACUAUGUGAAUCCCAAGAAUGAGCGGGCAUCUCCAAUGAUUGCCAAAGAGACAUACGAGUGUGUCAUGCGGCACAAGGAGGAGCUUGACUCGGCCAUUGUCUAUGACCGGGACUUCAACUACCAGUACUUCGGCUUCAAGACCCUAGAGCGAUCAUACCUACUGAAGCUCAACGGCAAAAUCGUUGAGCGGCCACAGCACAUGAUCAUGCGUGUUGCCGUCGGCAUCUGGGGAGACAAUGUGGAGCGUGUCAUCGAGACAUACAACCUCAUGUCCAGCAAGUUCUUCACACAUGCUUCUCCCACCCUUUUCAACGCUGGUACCCCUCAGGCCCAGCUGUCAUCUUGCUUCCUGGUCGAUAUGAAGGACGACAGCAUUGAGGGCAUCUACGACAGUCUUAAGACUUGCGCCAUGAUUUCCAAGAUGGCGGGUGGUAUUGGUCUCAACAUCCACCGCAUCCGUGCCACUGGAUCCUACAUUGCCGGCACCAACGGCACUUCCAAUGGCAUCAUCCCCAUGCUCCGUGUCUUCAACAACACCGCCCGCUAUGUUGACCAGGGUGGAAACAAGCGUCCCGGUGCCUUUGCCAUCUACCUUGAGCCUUGGCACGCCGAUGUCUUCGAGUUCCUCGACCUCCGCAAGAACCACGGCAAGGAGGAAGUUCGCGCUCGCGAUCUCUUCCUGGCCCUCUGGAUUCCCGACCUCUUCAUGAAGCGUGUCGAGAAGAACGGAGAGUGGACGCUGAUGUGCCCCAACGAGUGCCCUGGCCUUGCCGAUUGCUAUGGCGACGAGUUCGAAGCCCUGUAUGAGAAGUAUGAGAAGGCCGGCCGCGGUCGUAAGACUAUCAAGGCCCAAAAGCUCUGGUAUGCCAUCCUCGAGGCUCAGACCGAGACCGGCAACCCCUUCAUGCUCUACAAGGAUCACUGCAACCGCAAGAGCAACCAGAAGAACCUCGGUACCAUUCGCAGCUCCAACCUGUGCACUGAGAUCAUCGAGUACUCGGCGCCCGAUGAGGUUGCUGUCUGCAACUUGGCCUCGUUGGCCCUACCCCAGUUUGUCGACUACAACCAGGGUGUCUAUGACUUCCAGAAGCUGCACGAAGUCGCCCAAGUCGUGGUCCGCAACCUGAACAAGAUCAUCGAUGUCAACCACUACCCGGUCCAGGAGGCGUACAACAGCAACAUGCGCCACCGCCCCAUCGGUGUCGGUGUUCAGGGUCUGGCCGAUGCUUUCCUGGCGCUGCGCAUGCCUUUCGAGUCUCCCGAGGCUCGUGAGCUGAACAAGCAAAUCUUCGAGACCAUUUACCACGCGGCCCUGACCGCCUCGUGCGAUCUGGCAAAGGAGCAAGGCACAUACUCGACCUAUGAAGGGUCUCCUGUGUCCCAGGGCAUUCUCCAGUACGACAUGUGGAACGUCACACCGACCGGCCUCUGGGACUGGGACGCUCUCAAGGCCAAGAUCAAGGAGCAUGGUGUCCGGAACAGCUUGCUCCUCGCGCCCAUGCCGACCGCCUCGACGUCGCAAAUUCUGGGUAACAACGAGUGCUUCGAGCCCUACACGUCCAACAUCUACCAGCGUCGUGUGCUAGCUGGUGAGUUCCAGGUUGUCAAUCCCUGGCUCUUGAAGGACCUUGUCGAUAUGGGCCUCUGGUCCGACAACAUGAAGAACCGCAUCAUCGCCGAUGGUGGUUCGAUCCAGAACAUCCCCAACAUCCCGACCGAUAUCAAGGCUCUCUACAAGACUGUUUGGGAAAUCUCCCAGCGCACUGUCGUUCAGAUGGCUGCCGAUCGUGGUGCCUUCAUCGAUCAAUCCCAGUCGCUCAACAUCCACAUGCGUGAGCCGAGUAUGGGCAAGAUCACCAGCAUGCACUUCACCGGCUGGAAGCUGGGUCUCAAGACGGGCAUGUACUACCUCCGCACCCAGGCUGCCGCCCAGCCCAUUCAGUUCACCGUCGACCAAGAGGCGCUCCGCGUCCAGGACACCAACGUCAGCAAGGGAGUGUCGGGUCUGAAGAAGCGCGCCCCCCCGGCGGGCAGCUACAUGUCGUCACCCUCGGCGGUGCCACGCCCCAUGGCGUUUGUCAAUAAGGAAAGCACGCCCAAGAGCAAUGGUACCAACGGCGUUACUACUCCCACCACGCCGCCUCCCAUGGCCCCGACCGUCAAUGACGUCAAGGCUCGCAUCCUCGCUUCGCCGUCAAAGCCGCCUGCUUUCAAGGCCGACGUCGACGAGGGUGAGAGCCCCAAGACUCUGCCUACCGAGCCGACGGAGAAGCCUAAGCCGGAGGACAUUGGGUCGCCGGUGCUCGCUUCCAAGAAGGACGCCGAAGACAAGGAGGACGAGAGCAAGGAGCGGGAGCUGGAUAUCUACUCUGAGGCCGUUAUUGCUUGCAGCAUUGAGAACCCGGAGGAGUGUGUUAUGUGCAGUGGUUGA